CGCACAAUAAAACCACAAGUUUGAGUGAAUGAAUGGUGAACGUUUGCCUCGGAGAAAAGAUGAUGGGGUGUUUAAGAUUAUACACCAUGCUUUGGUAAACACGGGCACGUGAAAGCUGAGAGAUUUGAACGAAAUGGACGAAGAAUAUUCAAGGAGAGUUCGUGAGUUAUUUAUCCGUGUGAUGACGGUCACUGGUGUGACCAGAGAGUUGUUGACGUCUGAAAAUGAGCGGGCUUUGGAUCAAUUCAUUGAUGACACCUCCAUCACAACCAUGGUGGUCUACGUGGACCCUCUCGACAGGCUGCGGGUGGAGUACUCCAGGCCCUCACUGCUUGUAGAGCAGCUGACCUAUUUCAGCCGCAUACCAGGAGCCAUCAUCACAGCGGAGACGUUCGAUGUGGCCGUGCAGUUUGGCACGGUGACGGGCAACCCCAUCCAGAGACUGCUUAGUGAAAUGACCUGUCUGCACGCCCCUGCAGUUGCCCUUAGCACCGACAUGGAGAGGAGCAUCAGGGAGGAAUAUACCAACCAGAUGCAAUACUUUCUUAUCAGCCUCACAGAUGCUGUGUAUAAGAAAGAGGGCAAGACCGUUCUAUACAUCCCAAUGGAAGCCUUACAGUGCAGACCUGAGGAGGCCAGCAAGGACAAGAAGCUGAUACAGAGAAUGGAGGUUGUUGUGAUCCACUGGACAGAUCAGGUCAAGGAGCUACUAAGUACCCAAGAAAUAAUGAAGAUGAGGGAAGGGUGUGGGCCGCUGCAGGAGAUUGCCUUCUGGGAGAGUCGCUCGGCAAAGCUGUCAGACAUCAGUCAGCAACUGCAAAAGCCGGGGGUCAGGCUCGUCCAGAAGAUCCUGCUGCUCUCCGAGUCUCGCUAUGUAAAAGUAUUCCGGAAACUGGUCCAGGAAAUACAGGAAUUUUCUGCACAGGCCCAAUCAAACAUGACCUUCCUGUCAAUACUAAAGGAGCCUUUGGAAGAAUUGGCCCGGCUAAAACCUAGCCAAGUCAUUCCGAAGCUGCAACACAUUGUCAGUCUCAUACACAUCAUCUGGGACAACUCCCUCCACUACAACACCAACGAGAGGAUCGCUGGUCUCUUCUGCAAGAUGGGUAAUGUGGUCAGCCGCCUCUGCUUCCAAAGCAUCCCUCUGGACAGGAUCUUUACAGGCUUUGUGUCAUCCAGCAAGCAGAACCUCAACGACUGUAUCCAGUGCUGCCUGGAGUGGAAGGCAAUUUGCCUGAAUGCUUCAAACAUUCACCAAAAGUAUUCUCGAAAAGGCCGUGUCCUGGACCAAAGCAGUUUUUUUGUACUGUUUGAUGUUUCCAUCCAGAGAUUCAAAGAGCUGAUUGAGGUAUGUGACUGCCAGCAUCAGUUUGCCCGUUGGGAGGACGGCCAGCAGAGGGCCCCGCCUUGCUUCGGCAGCUGCCAGGGGCCCAAGUUCGCCCGUGCCCUCCUGGAGAUGGAGAGAAACUUCCACUCUAGCCUAAAGAGCCUGCACUCUCUUGGCAAGGACAUCCUUGAUGUCGAGAGCAACACCUGGAGCAAUCAAUUCAACCACUUUCGUGCAGCCGUGAAGGACAUGGAAAUGAUGAUGCGGAACCUGAUUAAUUCAGUGUUUAAGACUGUGUACACUGUGGAAGAAGGAGUUGGUCUUCUGGACAUUCUUAGGCCCAUUUCUUCUCGAGAGGGCAUCAGGCGCACCAUAGAAGAGAAAGUGGAGGAAGUGUUAAAUAUCUUCAACAAGGAUCUCCAAAUGGUUAACAAGGAGCUGAACCAGAGGACGUGGUCUCCUCUUGAGCAUAUACCCCGGUUGGCAGGCCAGGCCUACUGGUCAAAUUCCCUCAAACAACGCUUAGCCGGACCCAUGGAGGAGAACCUAUUCCUACCCGAGUCAUACAUUCGCAAGCAGGUGCUUUUUACCCACAGCCAGAUGGUUCAGGUUCUAGAAGAGAUAGAGAGGAAGAGCUUCAGUCAGUGGAACCAGAAGCUGGAUGUACAGUACCUCAAGAAACUGGACCAGCCACUCAUGGUGCGCAGCAAGGACAGCACCGCCAGGCUCGACAUCAACUUCGAUAUCAACCUGUUGAACAUGUUCUCUGAGAUCCACUACUGGGAUCGACUAAAGUAUGAGAUCCCCCAGCGCGUGUUUAUUUGCCAGGACAGGGAGGAUCUCAGAGGCGUGAGAGAGAAAGCUCUGCUGCUGGUCAAGAACUACAAAAGGAUUAUUGGAAUGCUGUCUCCCGACGAGUUGGGUCUCUUCUGGGAACGAAUUCAUUUCAUGGAUAAGAAGAUUCAACCGGGGCUGACUAAGCUCAUGUGGUCUUCUAAAGGAACCGUUAAUGUCUUCCUCUGGGAAAGUCUCCUGCAUGUUAGCAAGGUCCAGCAGAUAAUUGAUGGUUACAAAACAUCCAAAGAAUCUAUCUUGAACCUCUGUCGUCAAAUCAGUGAAACAUUGUUGGUUAAGCUGGAUGGAAAGACUGUAUACAGGAACCUGGAGUUUGAAGAUGACCAAGAGACUCACCGGCAGAACCAGCUCCAAAUACUGAGCAAAGCGCACAAGAAUAUUGUUGAGAUUAUGAGCCGCAUCCACAACACUUUCUCUCACGAUGGACCCGAGGUCCAGGAGCACUGGGAGACCUACACAGAGAAAAUGGACAUGUUGGUAGAGCAAGCUCUUAGGAGCAACAUCAAGCGCUCCAUGGAGACGCUAUCCCAGGCCAUUAACGGAGACGGCAAGACAUCGCCCAAUCCCUUAUUUAAAGUCCUGGUAGCACUACGCCAAGCAACCCCACAAACCACACCAAAGGUUGACUUCUCCCCGACACUGUUAAAGCUUGCUCAGAGUGUAAACAUCAUGCCUCGGCUCAUCAACACUAUUUCAGAAUUUAAACGACUGCCGGAAAUUCUCAGCUGCAACCGCCCACAGGGGAAUCCUAUACACGUGAACAUAGAGCAGGACGAGGAGAUUAGGAAGAUUCAGUCUGCGGUUUCCGCAGGGAUGACAACCAAUGCUGGUCACCUGCAGACCUACCUGAGGAGCUGGGACAAAUACAGGGAUAUCUGGCAAAGCAACCAGGACUCCGUUAUUCAACGCUAUCAGAGACUAAACCCACCAGUCACUACUUUUGAUGCUGAUAUACACAGGUACACAGAAAAAGCCAACACUGUCCAACAGGAAGAGACGGUAUUGAACAUCUGGUUUGUCACACUGGACUGUUCACCAAUCAAGUCCUCCUUGGCCCAGCUCUGCAGCGAGUGGCAAACCAGGUUCACUGAGCAGCUAAGCCACAUGGCUUGCACUCAUCUAAAAGAACUCCAUGGUUCUCUGCGAGACAAUGCCAACAGGUUGAGACAACUCCCCCAGAAUUUGGCAGAGCUUGGUGAGAGCAUGAAGCUCUUGGAGACUCUGCAGCUGGAUUUGACCAAGACAGAGGCUCAGAUUCCUCUCAUCCAUGACCAGUUUGCUAUUCUGGACAAAUAUGAGGUCCAGGUGGAGCAGGCUGUGCAGGAUAUGCGUGAGGGGGUGGAUGGGGAGUGGGUGUGGUUCCAGCAAGUGCUGAUUGACUGUGACAUCAUGCUGAAGAAGCAGAAGGAGCAUUUUAGGAACACCAUGAUCCCUGAGUUCACAAAGAAGCUCAAGACCAUUUUGCAGGAAUUCAACACCACAGGUCCAUUUGACAGCAAACUGAGCACUGAACUGGCCCUAAACAAGAUAGCAGAAUAUCACACCGUACUGGAGGCUCUAAAAGAGGAAGAGAGCACUCUUUAUCUUGGGCUGGGCUUGUCCAAAACAGAGCAGUUGCCCUCCAAAAGCAUUCGGACAAUGGAGAAGGACACAGAGCUCCUGCAACAGGUCUGGGAGAUCACACAGGAGUGGAAUGCAAACUGGGACAUCUGGAAGGUUGGUCAACUUUCCACGCUGCAGACGGAGAGCAUGGGCAGCACGGCGCAAGACUUGUUAAAAAAACUCCAAAAACUCCAGGGAGAACUUAAGGGUAAGGAGUGGAACAUAGUAGAUUUCCUCAAGAACAAGAUCAACCAGUUCAAGCGGCUCAUCCCUCUCAUUGCUGAUCUGAGGAACCCAGCCAUGAGAGACAGGCACUGGAAGCAGAUCUGUGAAGGGGCCCAGGUCUCUUUCGAUUAUACCAGCACCGAUUUCAACCUGGAGAAGAUUAUAUCUCUGAACCUUGACGAGUAUACUGACAAAAUCUGUGAGAUCUCUGGUGCCGCCAGCAAGGAGCUCUCCAUAGAAAAGGGUCUGGAGGAAAUUACCAAGACAUGGGAGCAAAUGCUCCUGGACUUGGAACCUUACAAAGGCCACUAUCGACUGAGGGGAACAGAGGACGUUUUCCAGGCCCUGGAGGAAAACAUGUCCAUGCUGUCCACAAUGAAGGCUUCUAGGUUUGUUAAAGCCUUUGAGAAGGAGGUGGACUGCUGGGAGCGGCGGCUUACACGGGUGCUGGAAGUCAUUGAGAUGAUACUCACUGUGCAGCGGCAGUGGAUUUAUCUGGAGAACAUUUUUCAAGGAAAGGACAUUCGGGAGCAGCUGCCUCGUGAAUGCAAAGAGUUUGAAGACUUCAGCUCAAGUUGGAAGACUGUCAUGGGCCAACUCCACAAGAAAAAAAACGCCUUGCAGGGAACACACCAACCAGGCUUGCCUGAGAACCUUUCAGUGAUGAGUGUAAAGCUGGAGGAGAUCCAGAAGGCCCUGGACAGAUACCUGGAGACCAAAAGGCAGAUCUUCCCGCGGUUUUACUUCCUGUCGAAUGAUGACGUGCUGGAGAUCUUGGGGCAGUCACAGAACCCUGAGGCCAUUCAACCCCACCUCAAGAAGUGUUUCGACAACAUCAACAGCUUGAGCAUCGAAAAGGCAGGGAAUGACACUAAACCAAUGGCCAUUGGGAUGUUCUCUGCUGAUGGGGAGUUUGUUUCCUUUGACAAAGCAGUGGAACUGGACAGACCUGUAGAGGUUUGGCUGUGUGCUGUCGAGAUGACCAUGCGUAGUACAAUGCGGGGAUAUCUGGCCAAGUGCCUUGAAGCUAUGAAGAAGAUCGCCGGCCAGUUAGACAAAUGGGUCAAAGAUUGGCCAGGACAGUCGCUGAUCAGCGCCAGUCAGAUCCAGUGGACCGCUAAUGUGACAAAAUCUCUUCUUACCAGCAAGGAGAGAGCUGAUAAGUCCUCUCUUAAGUCCUUGAAGCGAAAACAGGUUUCUAAGCUUCAAUGCUAUUCAGAGAUCAUUCGUGGUAACUUGUCCAAAGUCCUACGUCUGAAAGUUGUAUCACUGGUGACGGGGGAGGUUCAUGCUCGGGAUGUCAUUGAUAAGCUGGACAAAGCAGGCUGCAAUGAUGUCAAUGCCUUCGAAUGGCUCUGCCAGCUGCGACAUUACUGGGAGAAGGACACAGAGGAAUGCAUAAUCCAACAAACUAACACAUCUUUCAUUAAUGGCUUUGAGUACCUGGGCAACUCUGGUCGGCUUGUCAUCACUCCACUUACUGACAGAUGUUACAUGACCUUGACCACAGCCCUCCAUCUCCACCGGGGAGGCUCUCCUAAAGGCCCAGCAGGUACUGGAAAGACAGAGACAGUGAAGGACUUGGGCAAAGCUCUUGGCAUGUAUGUCAUUGUGGUCAACUGCUCCGAAGGGCUAGACUACAAAUCCAUGGGACGCAUGUUUUCUGGCCUGGCACAGACCGGUGCAUGGGGCUGCUUUGAUGAGUUCAACAGAAUCAACAUUGAGGUGUUGUCAGUGGUGGCACAGCAAAUCCUGUCCAUCCUGUCUGCCCUCUCAGCUCAACAAUCCAAGUUCCAAUUUGACGGACGGCUUAUUGAGCUGGUCCCGUCGUGUGGCAUCUUUAUUACCAUGAAUCCCGGUUAUGCUGGUCGUACUGAGCUUCCCGACAACCUCAAGUCCAUGUUCAGACCUAUCUCUAUGGUGGUGCCUGACUCUACCCUAAUUGCUGAGAUCAUACUGUUUGGAGAGGGCUUCAACAAUUGCAAGCUGCUGGCAAAGAAGGUGUUCACCCUGUACUCUCUGGCAGUGCAGCAGUUGUCUAAACAGGACCACUAUGACUUCGGCCUGCGUGGUCUCACCUCCAUGCUCCGCUAUGCUGGAACGAAGCGCCGCUCCUGCCCCAAAAUUCCCAAUGAAGAAAUCUUGCUAAUAGCUAUGAAGGACAUGAAUAUCGCUAAGCUGACAUCUGCUGACGUGCCACUGUUCAAUGGGAUCACCCAAGACUUGUUCCCUGCUGUGGAAAUACCCGUUAUAGACUAUGGCAUGUUGAAAGAGGCUAUAGAGGUGGAGCUUCGUCGGAGUGGUUUGCAGGUGACUUCUUUUACCAUGACGAAAGUCAUCCAACUUUAUGAGACAAAAAAUUCUCGACACUCCUCCAUGCUGGUGGGCAAGACAGGCAGUGGUAAGAGUAUUACCUGGAAGACUCUGCAGACCGUCCUCAGUUCCCUGCACAACAAAGGAGAGCCCGGCUUUCACUUGGUCCAGGAUUAUCCUCUGAACCCCAAGGCCAUGAGUCUGGGAGAGCUGUAUGGAGAAAAUGACCUCUCCACCAAUGAGUGGUCUGAUGGAGUGCUCCCUUCCCUCAUGAGAUCCGCCUGUGCAGAUGAGAAGCCAGAUGAAAAGUGGAUAGUGUUUGAUGGGCCUGUUGACACACUGUGGAUCGAGAGUAUGAACUCUGUGAUGGAUGACAACAAGGUGCUCACACUCAUCAAUGGCGAGAGAAUCUCCAUGCCGGAACAGGUGUGUUUGCUGUUUGAAGUGGAAAACCUGGCAAUGGCCUCUCCAGCUACAGUUUCUCGCUGUGGGAUGGUCUACAACGACUACGCGGAUCUGGGAUGGAAGCCUUCUGUUCAGUCCUGGCUGGACAAGCGACCCAAGAGUGAAGUAAUCCAUUUAAAGCGUUUGUUUGAUAAAUACAUAGAGAGCACACUGAACUUUAAGAGCAGAAACUGUAAGGAGCAGAUUCCCAUCACUGAACUGAACGGAGUAACCUCUCUCUGCCGCCUCUACGACUCCCUGGCCACAUCCCGCAAUGGGGUGAAUACUUCAGACACUGACUUGGGUACAAUGGUGGAACUCUGGUUUAUCUUCAGCCUUAUCUGGUCCAUCUGCGCCUCUGUUGAUGAGGAUGGACGCAAGAGGAUUGACAACUUCAUACGGGAGAUGGAAGGCACCUUCCCCAUCAAGGACACGGUUUAUGAGUACUAUGUGGACACCAAGAACAAAACCUGGGCUCCUUUUCGAGAUAAGCUCCCAACGGGCUGGCGUUACAAUGCCAAUGUUCCAUUCUACAAGAUUAUGGUUCCUACAGUGGACACAGUUCGCUACAACUUCCUGGUUAUGGCUCUGGUGUUGGGUCAGUACCCAGUACUGCUCACUGGGCCUGUGGGAACUGGUAAAACCUCGGUGGCCCAGAGCGUCCUGCAGGGCUUGGAUAAAAAGUGGGCGUCCCUCACUGUCAACAUGUCUUCGCAGACCACCACUAAUAAUAUCCAGGCUAUUGUGGAGAGCCGCGUAGAGAAGCGAAUCAAGGGAGUGUUUGUGCCACCAGGUGGGAAACGCCUGCUGUGGUUCCUGGACGACCUCAACAUGCCGGCCCAUGACCUCUUCGGUUCCCAGCCACCGCUGGAACUGCUGCGCUUAUGGAUCGACUAUGGCUUCUGGUAUGAUUGCCAGAAUCAGACCUUAAAGUUUGUUAAGGACAUGUUCUUGUUGGCGUCCAUGGGGACCCCUGGUGGAGGAAGGACUAAGAUAUCUGGCCGCUUGCAGAGUCGAUUCAAUCUCAUUAACAUGACCUUUCCACAUGAAUCCCAGAUCAGGAGGAUCUACAGUACCAUGAUCAACCAAAAGCUGGAGGGCUUUAAAGAGGAUGUGAAACCGAUUGGGGAAGUUUUGACUCAGGCGACCUUAGAACUUUAUUACGCCGUGACAGCUCAUUUUCUUCCUACUCCAGCCAAGAGCCACUACCUCUUCAACCUCAGGGAUAUCUCCAAGGUAUUCCAAGGUCUGCUAAGGGUUCACCCAGAUUUUCAUGAUACCAAAAACAACAUCGCUAGUCUGUGGAUCCAUGAGUGCUUCAGGGUUGUUUCAGAUAGGCUGGUAGAUCACAGCGACAUGGAGGCCUUUGAGGCUUUGCUGGGGGAGAAACUAGCAUCACUUUUUGACCUCCCCUUGCACAACCUCUGCCCCAACAAACAACCACCGAUAUUUGGGGAUUUCCUGAGUGAGUCUGGUGUGUAUGAGGAACUGCUGGACUGGCAGAGUCUCAAGAAGUUCAUGGAGACUCAGCUGGAAGAAUACAACCUGACACUCGGCGUGGUGCCUAUGACCCUGGUUCUCUUCCAAGAUGCCAUCAAACACAUAACCCGUAUAGUACGUGUGAUCAGUCAGCUCAGAGGCAACAUGCUUCUGGUUGGUGUUGGAGCCUCUGGCAGACAGAGCAUGUCUAAGAUGGCUGCUUUCAUCUGUGAAUAUCAGGUUUUCCAGGUGGAAGUCACCAAGCAGUACCGGAAACAGGAGUUCAGAGAAGACAUCAAGAAGCUGUACUGGUUGACUGGUGUGGACAACAAGCCCACAGUGUUCUUGUUCAAUGACACCCAGGUUGUAGAUGGAUCCUUCCUGGAGGACAUCAAUAAUAUCUUGAGCUCUGGCGAGGUGCCUAACCUCUACAAGCAGGACGAGUUGGCUGAGGUGUGCAAUGCUGUGUCAGAGUCUGCCAGGAAAAACAAUGUAACGGAGACUCCUGACUGCCUGUUCAGCUACCUGAUAGAGCGAGUCAGGAACAACCUUCACAUAGUGCUCUGUAUGAGCCCAGUGGGGGAGUCCUUCAGGAACCACAUACUCCAAUACCCAGCGCUUGUCAACUGCACCACAAUUGACUGGUUCUUGGAUUGGCCCAAAGAUGCUCUGCUGGAAGUGGCUGAGAGGUUCUUGGAUGGACUGGACCUGGGCUCCUUGGAGGGGAUGCAGAAAAAGGUAGCCAGUGUCUUCGUGACCACACACCAGUCGGUUGCACAGGUCUCUAACAGGAUGAAGUUGGAGCUGAAGAGAUAUAAUUAUGUGACACCCACCAACUACCUGGAGCUUGUGUCUGGAUACAGAAAGUUGUUGGCAGAGAAACGCAGUGAACUGGGUGAGCAGGUGAGCAAGCUGCGCAAUGGCCUGUUCAAGAUCAAUGACACACGGGAGAAGGUGAAGGCCAUGUCUGUAGAGCUUGAGGAGGCCAAGGAGAAGCUGGCAGUGUGCCAGAUGGAGUGUGACAAGUUCCUGUCCGUCAUCCUAAGGCAAAGAACAGAGGCUAACAAGCAGAACAAUGUGGUGAGUGCUCAAAGUGAGAAAAUCGGGGCAGAAGAGUUACAAUGUAAAGCCAUGGCUGAGAAUGCACAGAGGGAUCUGGACGAGGCCAUGCCUGCACUGAAUGAGGCCAUGAAGGCUCUGGAGUCUCUGAAUAAGAGGGACAUGACGGAGAUCAAGUCAUAUGGCUGUCCCCCAACACUGGUGGAGACAGUGAUGCAGGCUGUCAUGACCCUUCUGGGGAAAGAGGCUACCUGGUCAGAGGCCAAGAGACAGCUGGGUGAUUCCAACCUCAUAAAAACUUUAGUUAACUUCGACAAGGACAACAUAACCGAUCGUGUGUUGAAGGAUAUCGGCCAGUACUGCAGACAAGUGGACUUCCAGCCAGAGAUCAUCGGCAAAGUAUCACUAGCUGCCAAGUCCCUCUGCAUGUGGGUCAGAGCCAUGGAGGUCUAUGGGCGUGUCUAUAGGGUGGUGGAGCCCAAGCGGGCUCAACUGAAUGCUGCCAUGGCCCAGUUAGUCGAGAAACAGACUGAACUGGCCGCAGCCCAGGACAAACUGCGAGAGGUGGGGGAAAAGAAAGAGCAAUUGGAAAAGGAGCUUGGUGAGAAGCUAAUCACAAAGACAAGUUUGGGGGAGAAAUCCAAGGAGAUGGAGAUGAAACUGGACCGAGCUGACAAACUGGUGACUGGACUGGCCGGAGAGAGAGUUCGCUGGAAGGAGAGAGUUGCUGAUCUUGAGGAGAACAUGGCAUACCUAGUAGGAGACUGUUUGCUUGCAGCGGCUUUCCUUUCCUACAUGGGGCCCUUCCUUUCCAACUACAGGGACGAGCUGCUUGCUAUCUGGAUGAAGGAGGUACGAGACUUAGCAAUUCCAUGCACGCCAGGGUUCAGUUUUGUAGCCUUUCUGUCCAGGCCUACAGUCGUGAGGGACUGGAACAUUCAGGGUUUGCCCUCUGACGCAUUCUCCACUGAGAAUGGAGUUAUCGUCACAAGCGGAAACCGAUUUCCACUGAUGGUGGAUCCUCAAGGCCAAUCUAUAAAAUGGAUCAAGAAUAUGGAGAUGAAGAGAGGUUUGAAAGUGAUAGACUUUCAAAUGCCAGACUACCUGCGGGUGCUGGAGAACGCCAUCCAGUUUGGGACUCCUGUUUUGCUGCAAAAUAUACUGGAGGAUUUGGAUCCGUCUCUCGACCCAAUUCUAAACAAGUCCAUGACACGGAUAGGCGGCCGGCUGCUGAUGAAGCUGGGUGAUAAGGAGGUGGAGUACAAUCCAGAUUUUCGUUUCUACAUCACUACCAAGUUGUCUAACCCCCACUACACACCAGCGAUUUCUACAAAGACCAUCAUAGUCAACUUCGGCGUGAUUGAGCAGGGUCUGGAAGCCCAACUGCUGGGAAUUGUGGUGCGUAAGGAGCGUCCAGAGCUAGAGAAACAGAAGGACUCUUUGGUGAUCAGCAUUGCUUCUGGCAGGAGAAGCCUGGAGGACCUGGAGGAUGAGAUCCUAAGGCUGCUGAAUGAGAAGACUGGCUCACUACUGGACGAUGAGCAGCUGGUGAAAGCCCUGCAGGCAUCUAUAGUGACAGCCACAAAGGUUUCAGCGCAGCUUGAGAGCAGUGAACAGACUGAGAUCAUCAUCGACUCUGCUAGAAAGGCUUAUUGCCCAUGUGCCCAGCGAGCCUCCAUCCUCUUCACCAUUCUGAACGACAUGGGCCGCAUUGACCCAAUGUACCAGUUCUCAUUGGAUGCCUACAUUGACUUGUUCAUCCUUAGCAUAAAAAAGAGUGAGCACAGCCACAAACUGGAGGAAAGGAUUGCAUACCUCAAUGAGUACCACACAUAUGCAGUGUACAGCUACACGUGUCGUGGUCUGUUCGAGUGCCAUAAAUUGCUCCUCAGCUUCCAGAUGUGUGCCAGAAUCCUGGAGGUGGCGGGAAAACUCAACAUUGAUGAGUACAGCUUCUUCCUCCGAGGAGGGCUUGUACUUCAUGAUGAGUAUCAGAUGAAGAACCCCUGUAGAAGUUGGCUGGUAGAGUCCAGCUGGGACAACAUCACAGAGCUGGAUAAGCUGCCCAAAUUGAAUGGCAUCGCAGCCUCCUUCACAAAGCACCAGGGAAAAUGGAAACUUUGGUUCACUAGUGCUGAGCCUGAGAAGACCAAACUACCAGAUAAUUGGGACCUUAACUGCAAUGAGUUUCAGAAGAUGCUGAUAGUGCGCUCUCUGCGCCAGGACCGUGUCUCCCUGUGCGUCAUCUCCUUCAUUGUUAACAACCUUGGCCAACACUUUGUGGAGCCGCCUGUUCUCGACAUGAAGGCUGUUGUGGAAGAAUCCACCUGUAAGACUCCUCUGAUCUUCAUUCUGUCUCCUGGGGUGGACCCCACAGGAGCCCUACUGCAGCUGGCUGAGGCCUCUGGUAUGAGCAAGCACUUCCAUGCUCUCUCUCUGGGCCAGGGUCAGGCCCCCAUCGCCAAGUGCAUGAUAGAGGAGGGUGCCAAGAAUGGUCACUGGGUGUUCCUUGCCAACUGCCACCUCUCUCUCUCAUGGAUGCCUGAGCUGGACAAGCUGGUGGAGCAGCUACAGGUCCAAGAGCCCCAAUCAAAGUUCCGACUAUGGCUCAGCUCUUCGCCACAUCCAGGGUUUCCUAUUACCAUCCUACAGGCUGGUAUCAAGAUGACCACCGAACCACCAAAGGGGGUGAAAGCGAACAUGAAGCGUCUGUACCAGCAGGUGACGGAGCAUCAAUUCACUUGUUGCUCAAAACCUGCAUUCUACAGGAAGAUGCUCUUCUCCCUCUGCUUUUUUCAUAGCAUUUUGCUGGAAAGGAAGAAGUUUUUACAGCUGGGCUGGAAUAUUGUCUAUGGAUUCAACGAUUCAGACUUUGAGGUGAGUGAGAAUCUGCUCAGUCUCUACCUGGAUACAUACGAGGAGAUUCCCUGGGAUGCCUUGAAGUACCUAAUUGCUGGGGUCAACUAUGGAGGUCAUGUAACGGACGAGUGGGACAGACGUCUUCUAACCACAUACAUCAAUGACUACUUCUGUGAUGCUGCUGUCAGCCAGACCUUCUUCAAGUUAUCUUCUUUACCAUCCUAUUACAUCCCCCGGGACGGCCCCCAGUCUUCCUACACAGAAUAUAUUAGCAUGCUGCCGCCUGCAGAGCACCCUGGAGUGUUUGGCCAGCAUCCUAAUGCAGACAUUGCCAGACAGAUCGCCGAGACCAGGAGGCUGUUUGACACCCUGCUCUCCCUGCAGCCCCAGGUCACCAGUCCUACUGCUGCGGGGGCCAGGCCUAGUAGAGAAGAUAAGGUAUUAGAGCUGUUGGCUAACAUCCGUGCCAAGAUCCCUCCACUGAUUGACUACGAGGGCACCAGGUCCAUUCUCCAGGACAACCUCUCACCUAUCAAUGUGGUCCUGCUGCAAGAGAUUCAGAGAUACAAUUUUCUGCUGGACACCAUCAUUUCCACCCAGGCGGAGCUGGAGAAAGGGAUCAAAGGGUUGGUGGUGAUGUCAUCCAGCUUGGAGGAGACUUUCAACUACAUCCAUGAUGCCCGUGUUCCACCGCUGUGGGAUAAGGCGUACCCUUCACUAAAGCCCCUGGCCGCGUGGACCAAGGAUCUCAGUCUGCGGGUCAAUGAGUUUGCACGCUGGGCAGAGACAGGCCAGCCCCCCACACUGUUCUGGCUCUCCAGCUUCACCUUUCCCAACGGGUUCCUCACGGCUGUGCUGCAAUCCUGUGCUCGGCAGCACAACAUAUCAGUGGACACGCUGUCUUGGGAGUUUGUGGUGUCCACUGUAGAUGACAAGUUACUGACUUACCCACCCAAGGAUGGUGUAUAUGUUCGAGGUCUGUUCCUGGAGGGGGCUGGUUGGGACCAGAUGAACUCCUGUUUGGUGGAAGCUGAACCCAUGAAGAUGGUCUGUCCCAUCCCCACCAUCCACUUUAAACCUUUGGAAAACCCCAAGAAGGCAGCCAAGAGUAUGUACCUGUGUCCGUGUUACUACUACCCGGUACGUUCGGGGGGGGCGGACCGGCCAUCCUUUGUGAUCGGUAUAGAACUCAAAUCCGGAUCUGUGACCCCAGACCACUGGAUCAAGAGAGGGACUGCUCUCCUCAUGAGUGUGGACAACUGAAGGCUUUAACUCUCACAUACACACACACACUCCCUUUGCUAUUGGUCUUAUUCAUUGUUUAAGCUGUUUCUGCUCUUUUAAAUGUUAUUCUUAUUUGUGAAAUAAACAGUCAAUUUAAUUUGAAUUCAAACACUGGUUCUUCCUAAAUGUCUUGCAUUAGCAAUAAAUGGACUGUUAUUC